AUGGUCAAGACUGAGCCACUUUCCUUGGCCUUUGAUUCCUCUGUUUUUGCGGAUACCUUUGCCAUUUGGGCUGAAAAGUUUGGAGAAGAAGAAACCAAGGAUAUGGUCUUGCGCAACCCAGGACUCUUGUCAGUACAACCAGUCUAUGCCAAGAAGACUGAUGAUUCUACCAUGGCCUUUUCCUACAUUAUUGCUGCUACUAGGCCCAUUGGUGCUUUUGGACCCGCUCUCAUCGUCCUCCUCGUAUUGACUCCUGUCAUUGAGGCAGUCACUGGAAUUCCUAUUCGAGAGACCCGAGAAGCUUUCUUUGCAAAUCCAUUUUAA